UUAAACCGAAGCCACUGUUGUUGAAGUUGUUAAAGUUAGCUGGUGCAGAAAAGGACACUUUUACUAUGAAGGAGGUAAUAUUCUAUCUUGGACAAUAUAUUAUGUCUAAACAAUUAUAUGAUGAAAAACAGCAACAUAUUGUACACUGUGCAAAUGAUCUCCUGGGGGAUUUAUUUGGAGUAACAAGCUUUUCAGUAAAAGAACACAGGAGACUAUAUUCAAUGAUUUCCAGAAAUUUGAUAGCAAUCAAUCAACAAGACUCUAGGCUUGCUGACACACCUGAGGAUGAUGCCAGAUUUCAACUUGAAGAAGCAAAUGUUGUAAAGGAAUCUGUGCAAGAGUUAGACGAGAAGGAGACUUCAAACGUGACUUCCCGACCAACUACCUCUUCUAGGAGGAGAACACACAGUGAAUCUGAAGAAAAUUCUUCAGAUGAUCUGCAUAGUGACAGAAGAAAACGACACAAGUCAGACAGCAUUUCGUUGACGUUUGAUGAAAGUCUCUCAUGGUGUGUAGUCAGUGGUCUGUGCCGUGAAAGAAGCAAUAGCAGUGAUUCAACAGAUUCUCUUUCCAUCCCUGAUCUAGAUGCCAGUUCAUUAAGCGAAAACUCUGAUUGGUUUGAGCACAGUUCUGUUUCAGACCAGUUCAGUGUAGAGUUUGAAGUUGAGUCUAUAUAUUCAGAAGAUUAUAGCCAUAAUGAAGAAGGACAGGAGCUCACAGAUGAAGAUGAUGAGGUAUAUCAGCUGACUAUUUACCAGGAUGAAGACAGUGAUGCUGAUUCAUUUGAUGAAGAUCCAGAGAUCUCUUUAGCUGAUUAUUGGAAGUGUCCCGAAUGUAGCGAAAUGAACCCUCCGCUUCCACGGCAUUGCCACAGAUGCUGGGCCCUUCGUGAGGACUGGCUUCCAGAUGAAAAGAGUGAUAAACUGGAAAAGAACAAAUUAGAAGGUUCCUUCCUUCUAGAGUCUGAAGAAGGUUUUGAUGUUCCUGACUGCAAGAAAGUGAAAAUUACUGAAGAUAAGGAACCAGCUGUGGAGGAGAGUGAGGAUAAAGCAGUACAAAUUUCUGAGUCUCAGGAAAGUGAAGAUUAUUCCCAGCCAUCAACAUCAAGUAGCAUGUUUUGUAGCAGUCAGGAGGACUAUAAAGAACCUGAGAAGAGAGAAAUGCAAGACAAAGAGGAGAGCCUGGAAUCCAGUCUGCCUGUUACCAGCAUAGAGCCCUGUGUCAUAUGUCAGAGCAGACCUAAAAAUGGCUGCAUAGUACAUGGCAAAACAGGACACCUCAUGUCAUGUUUCACCUGUGCCAGGAAACUUAAGAAGAGGAACAAACCCUGUCCAGUGUGCAGGCAGCCCAUACAAAUGAUUGUGCUAACUUAUUUUAGUUAGAUGGAUGGUGACUGGAAAGCAGCAAAAGGAGAUUCAUAAACUGGUUAAGAGAGUAAGAAACUAUUUUUGUAUGCUUAUUGGAAAAUUAGUAUUUUGGGUGUCUUUACAUUUGGUAUGAAAAGUAAUUGCUGAAAUAAAUGCACUGGAGUUGUUAAGAGGUUAGCCUAGUAUUCAUAAGUCAACUUGAAGAUUUUAAAUCUCUCUCAAUAGAAGCAACCAAUUCCUGUAAACUGCCUGCCUCUUCCAAGUGUUUUAUGUUCCAUACAAGUUCACUGAUGUUUGUUUUCCUGGAUUAAUACAUUAAAAACCCAAAUUCUGUAGUUAUGGGAGGAGAUACAUGUUGAAGAGUUAGUUCAUGUGAGCUCCUCCUCUUAAGGAGAUGGAAGAUUUUCCAGAUUCCAGGAUCUGUUGCCUGGUGAAAGCACCAGGCUCAGUCAGAACCCUCUGAAUAAGUCAAUAAAAUAAAUAAAUAGAAUCUUGUUUCCCUCAUUCCCCAAACUUAAAUUCUUCCAAGCAACCAAAUUACAGGGGAGAUCUUGCCAUGAGCUGAGAGAAGGUGUGAUAGAAAAUAAUGUAAGGCUUUGGAAAUAGAAAAAGGGUAUUGUGUAUCUUGAUUUUUAUAGAGUGAGUUGUAAACUUCAUGGCUGUGUCCGUCCUGAGAAGUGAUUGGUCCAAGAUCAUUCUUGCUUUUAUGUCUUAAAUGUCCUGAGAAACUGGGUUUUAGAAUGCCUUGUGGGUUUGGAGGUCUGCACUGUCCUGAUUAUUAUUUUAGCAGUGUGAGAAAAGAUAAACAAGCAAGAUAAAUGAAGGAGAUGCUAUGUAAUGUCGUUAGGCUAUCAUAGGGGACAAUUGUAUUCUUUUUCUGCACUUUUGAGUUCAGCAGUAUAGUAUGCAGCUCGAUUACUACAUUCGCUUGAAUAAAAAUAGUAAGAAAAUAAAUGUCCAGCUCCACCUGCAGCAACAAAUAAGCUGUGUUGUUCUAGUUGACGUAGACAUUCUUUAAAUUCAGGAGAUUUCCCAACUUACACUGUAUCACAAGAAUUCUGAAAAUCUCUUGCAAGGUGUUUGGCCAACUCAAAAUUGCUCUCAUUGGACCGGUCCUUUACUGCUUUUAGAUCCUGUCUCCUCAAUGUACUUUGUCAAAAACUUAGUGAGAUUUAUCAGUUCCUUUUGUAAUGAGUCUACUCACUGACUCGGUUCUGUUGGUGCGUUCAGAGUAGGUGGCAGGUGUAUGUUAUUGUAAGCUCAAGUAUCUUCAGGAUAGUUAGAUAGCUCACCUGAGCUCUCUUUCAGAUGGAAAAUUUCUGUACCAGUGAGUUGUAUUUAUUCCUUUGGAAAACUAGUUACGAGAGGAAUUGUUAUGUUUUUAGCACCUUUUAAUUUUACAGGUAGUUGCAAUGGCAAAUAACUAGCCAGGGAGGGCCAAGAAUGGAGAUGUAGCCUAAAUGCAGAACUUGUGCUGCGUUACCACCCGGCAGGCUAAACAGCUUCCUUACCACCACCAGUACAAAACUGUUGACACCUGCAUGCUAGCACAGAGACUUUCACUGCUAUAAUUACCUUCAUGUCAGAGCUGAAAUAGUUCCUCUGUAAACUGGGGCUGUAGACACCUGGGAGACAAGGAAGUACCUAGGAAGAGGACAUAACGCUGUCCAGGAGAGACUUUGUUGGUACCUGCCCACAGAGAAAUACUGCCAUAGGUAAGGCUGAAUUACCAGCUUCAGUCAUGUUUUGUUUGUACAUUUGAGCCAGUGUUUGAAAAAUACUACUAAAAGAUACUGAUAUCAGAAGUUUUACCAUAAUUAAUUUUAACUAAACAAAAAACCCCCAUUUGUAUAUGUUUCUUCAGCUUCUUACUUGCAAAUUUCUUGCCCCUUGCAAUUUGUAAAGCGACAGCAGGUAGCUGGAAGUUCUUGAAAUUCUUUAGUCAGCAGGAAACUUUAAUGGGAUUUGAUAAUCCUUCAGCCUCAGAUAGAGAAGUCCUUUGGGAAGAUAUUUAAAUUUUUCAAGUAGGGAUGCUUCUGAUAGAUGGCUACCUGCCUUAAUUUACACUGCUUCAUAUUAUUCUUAAUUUUUGAUUUGAUAAACGUAAGUGCAGUGAAGCUUGGCAGAGGCUCUUCCAUUGCAUCUGCAGGUCAGAACCAAAGAGCAGUCAUACCACACUCUGGAAUCUGCAGCUGAGAACUGUAGACGUGUAUAUUUGGGAGAAGCGUUGAUAACAUGGGGACUGUACUUAAAAAAACAUCCAUUGCUUUGUCUUCCCUGUGUCUUGCCCUUUUUCAGGGUGAUGCCUUCCCUUCAGUCAUUGGGAUAGCUGUGUAACUGCAGUUUGGGGGGAGCAGCUGUUCCUGCCUAGUUCCUGCUGGGACAGAUUGUGCCAUCCUGCACUUGGCAUUCAAAACUCAGUCCCCUUGAGUGAUCUCCGUGUUUAAAAAAAAUAUUUGGCUCUCAAAAAGGCACGUAUGGUCGGAGCGAUCAGCUGUGCUGUUCACAGUCACUCAGCUUUGUGACUUUUCUUCAGAAACAAUCUUGCAGUAACGUUUUCUGUUUUAGCAAAAGAUAAACUGAGAGCAUGCAGUGUAAUGAAUUUUCCCUUUUAUGAUUUAAAAUUGUACUUCCCUAGCAUGUCUUCUGCUGUGGAGAAUUAGCCCUGGAAAUACCCUGCGCUCCAUAGAAAGCUGGGGACAUGGGUAAUUUUGAUUUCUGCAUCUAUGGCCAAACUACUGUGUCAGCAUGAAUCUAGUUUUAAUUAUAUUUUCUGGCUUAAUAUUAUUUAUGAUAACUUUUGGUAAAACUUCAGUGUGUGUUUGGGUUUUUUCCCCCCAAAGCAUGCCUUACAGAUGAGGGAGUGAUGGGUAUUGGUGCCUAUUCCAGUUCCUGUAGGAGACGCUGGCAGGCAAGGGUGUGCCUGGGGGUGUGUAUAUGUGGUGCUGUGGUCCCGGUCCUGCAGCCUGAAAGGCUGAAAUCGUUGGGUGUGUGGGAGUAGGGGGUGACCAACCUGGUGUUUAUCAUCACCCUGUUCUUUCUGGCCUUGGGUAGCAGCCAACUCAGAAGUUGACAGUUGUUCUUUACUUGGUGAGGUCUUUGAGAUCCUUAUAUAUAAUCGUACACAUUUUAAUCUUUAAUUUAUUGCAGUUUGUAAAUAUUCUUGUGUUUACAGUGGUUUGAGAUUUAAUUUAUUGGUACCUAUGUAGAUACAUAAAUAUGCAUAGUUCAUCACAGUCACAAGAAGAGUAUUUAAGAAAUUGUAGCAUUAAAAUAAAUAUUCAGAUUAUAUUCAGAUGAAGAGGGGCAUAGGAAGAUUUAUGGCUUUGUUUUCUUUUUUUCUUCCCGUAAAACACCUUCUGCAUUGAACCUGAACAACAUUUAUUAAACAUAGGUGGAGGUUGAUGCAACAUUAGCAAAGUGAAAAUAUUUUGAUGGUGUUCGUUUUUUCUUUUGGAAUGCUUCAGCAUGCCCGAGUGCAACAGCCGCGAAGCUGACUGAUGGCUUUGUUGUGUUGGUGACAGUGGAGGUGAUGCUCUGGAAGCUGGGGGGAGGGGAGGUUUCAAGGUUAAUUUGCAGUGGGUGGUAAAUGCUUUUGUCUUUGCACGCGUGACCAAGAAAGCUGGAGGGGUGGCCAGAUGCUGACAAAACGUGACAGUACACAAUAUUCAGUAAUUGUCUUUGUUCCUUCGUGUACUUCAGGUAGACAGUUGUUACAUACAAAUGCUACAAGAACUUGCAUUUAUUCUUUUGUAUAAAGCACAAUAAACUCACUUUUUGAUUAGAGACUUUUUCACCUAUGUAGCUGUUUAUUAGUAUUGAAAUUCAGCUCAACCCAAGGAAGCAAAGUGCAAAGUGAAGUACUCGAGGCACAUGGCAAAAUUGCUUUGUUUCAGCUGACUUUUCCUAAAAAGCCUGGAAGCGUUGAAUAUUAUAUUUGAGAACCUUUAACACAGAGUCUUCACUUAAGAUACAUUAGUUAUGAAGUCUGCUGCUUUUGUCCUUUAAAAAACAUGCACAACUGAAACAGAUGUAGCCGGAUUGCUGAUUAUAUUGAACAUUCACACUGCAAAGAUGAUGCUUUUUGUGGAGCAGCGCCCCUCUAGUGUUCUAGUGUUACUAACGAGCCUGCUGGAAGAAAUGUGUCCUGGGCUGUCUGCACCAGGGACCUGUGGCUGCUGCCUCAGUUAGCAGGUUGAUUUAGAAAGGGUGAAAAUGCUACAAAAUUUUAAUUGAUGAAAAGUGCUACAUUUAUUCUAACCACAUGGUACAGUUUUUAUCACUGAAUUGUGAUCGCUGUAAAUUUGUUCAAAUGUUGCUGUCUGAAAUGUCUGGGUAUGAAGCCACAUGCAAGACUUCAGGCUGAUUUUUCCCCUUAAAGACUAAUAUGAGGGAAAACCAGUUCCUCAUCAAAAAGAGUAAUUGUUGCAGAAAGUUGUGUUCUUACAAAAGAGAGAUUAGAAAAUUUAGAAGCAUAAUGAAACUAAAUAGACUGAAAUGAAUAAAUAGGAUUAAUAUAGGGGUGAAGAACUUUUCUUCCCUGUCUUAAUCUAAAGCUGCUGUUGUGUUGGGGUGUAACUCUAGAAGUAAUGUUUAUCAUUUUCAAGCAGGUAACUUACUCAGCAUGUUAAAUUGCCACAUUCAGCCUAAAAAGGGGCAUUUGCUGUUGUGGUGCUUCCCCUGCGGGAAGGAGCACCCAGAAGUGCAGGGGAGGCGCAGGAGGGCAGUGUUCAGCCCUGUUCUCUGCUCUCUUGGAUGCUCUCAGUCGUUUGCAGUGCCAGCAGGUGGAUGUAGGCUUUGGGUGUCUCGAGGGUCACUCCUGUACUCGCGUAACGAAGUGCGUGACAGAGCAGGGUUGUACUCUGGAGCGCAGGGCCCUGGCUCCCGUAGGCCAGCGCUUCGCUAGGGCAUCAGCUCUCCCGGCUGGCGCGGGUGGGUCUCUGCCCACCCCGCAAACAGACCUUUCCAGCCCAUCCACACCUGAGUCAAAGCCUUAAGUUACUUGUCAUUUAAAGGUUGCGCAAGCAAUGUAAAGCAAAAACCACCACCCCACCCUGAAACCUGGGCUUAAGGUAUCUUUUAACCGAGGAUUGCACUUACUGAACGUGAAAAAUGGUUGCUUUUAACUGUGCUGCUUUUUUGUUCAAUUAGCACAGCUGACUGAAAGCUUCAGGUGAAUGCCUCUGUAAUGUGUUUGUGUGUGUAUAUAUACUACAUGUAAAACUUGUUGGUGAUACUUAAAAAGGUGUUGUGUCCCCUUCUGAGUAGAUGCUCCUUUAACUUAAGAGCCUGAUUUUAAAGGACAGUUCUUGGUUUUGAGCUAAAUUAAUGGCUGUCAACAUGAUUACAUAAUACCUAAACCAAUACCAAAUAGUUUUUCCAAAAGCAAAGAUUGACCUUGUUGUCUGACUACAUGUAGCUGGAAUGCUGGUAAAAUAGACUGGUUUAUAGUGAAUUUAAAUAGCUAUGCAAUUUUGCCACUACUCCUAGAUGACCACGCUUUCAAGAACUUGUCACGGUGCGCACCUUCUGGGUACCUAGUGCAUGUACUACCACAAUCAGUAACAAUUAAAAUACAAAUAUCUGCUCAAAUUGCACAAAGUAUAGAUCCACUGAUGAGAAUAACUUUCAUGUGUACUGCCUUUGUAUUUCAGUUUUCAGUUUUUCCUUUUCUGAGGAAACAAAAUGUUACUUUGCAUUUAAGAGCUUUAAAUAAAGAUUUGUUUAUAUAUUC